AAUAGAAAGCGCGCAUUAAAAGUUAUCGGUUUGAGAUUCCCGCGCUCACUCAAAGCUUAAGAUAGAGGGAGGCGAUAGAUAGGGUUGAGAAAAUUCUUCCAUAAAUCCCGAAGAACCGGGAGCGAUCGAUCGAUCUACUGCUGCAACUGGCAGCUGCUUGCCUUGCCGGUUUGCUUGCUCCAAUCGAUUGAGUAGCGCGGCUAUGGCGCCGAAUGCUCGAUCGAGCAAGGGAUUUCUCUAUGAAUCUGUGUUGAGGGCGGGGUUGUCCGCCAUGGAGGCCAAUCUCGUGCCCGACUUUGUGCUGCGCAGGGUGACGAGAAUGCUGCUCGCGUCGCGCUUGCGGGAAUUGCGACGGCAUAGCGUAGAGGAGGAGUUAGACGAGCUCAUGAAUUUCGCCAAGUCUCUCAAACAGAUGCCAAUCGCCAUCCACACCGACGCUGCGAAUUCUCAGCACUAUCAAGUUCCCACCGAGUUUUACAAGCUAGUGCUUGGAAAGCACCUCAAAUACAGCUGCGCGUACUUUUGCGAAGAUUCGUACACGCUCGAUCAAGCUGAGGAGGGCAUGUUGGAGCUUUACUGUGAAAGAGCACAACUUAAGGACGGGCAAGUGGUGUUGGACCUUGGAUGUGGAUGGGGAUCGCUAUCCUUAUACAUCGCUGAAAAAUAUCCUGCCAGUCGAAUCACCAGCGUUUCGAAUUCUGCGACACAGAGAGAGUUCAUUGAAGGAGAAUGCAGCAAGCGAGGACUGUCUAACGUGAAGGUUAUCGUUUCGGAUAUAAACGACUUCCAGGCGCCAGAGAAAUUCGACCGGAUCCUCUCGAUAGAAAUGUUUGAGCACAUGAAGAAUUAUCAAAAGCUUCUCAAAAACAUCGCAUCAUGGAUGAAGCCAGAUUGUCUUCUCUUCGUUCACAUUUUUUGCCACAAGAACCACGCUUACCAUUUCGAGGACACUGGAGACGACGACUGGAUGGCAAGGUCCUUCUUCACAGGUGGAACCAUGCCCGCAGAUCCAUUGCUCCUUUACUUUCAAGAGGAUGUCUCGAUUCUACAUCAUUGGCGCCUCAGCGGAACUCAUUAUGCUCGAACCAGUGAGGCCUGGCUAAAGCGAAUGGACCAGAACCUGAGCUCGAUUCGCCCCAUCUUUGCUAAAGCCUAUGGCGAAAGCGACGCCACCACUAAGUGGCUCGCCUUCUGGAGAACAUUCUUCAUAGCAGUAGCGGAGCUGUUUGCCUUCGACAAUGGCCAACAAUGGAUCGUCUCGCACUACCUUUACAAGCUCAAGGCCAGCGACAUGGACGCCAAUGCUACAUGAUAUCAAAGAAUCACGGCAAUCAGAUUCUCCCAAGGUGCAGGCACCAAUAUCUCUCUUUUUCGUGGUUUCUUUAGUUCGUCCAUCGCUCAGGCUGGCUACAAGGUCCCUUUAAAUUUUCUUCCAUUCGGUCAGGAGCUACGACAUUGUGAUGUCAUUCGCGAUCCAACGGUGCCCGCCCAAAUAGAAAAUAACAAGCAAAACAUAAGCUUCCACAGCCCAAAUAGAAAACAACAAACAAAAACGUAAGCUUCCACACACCCCCGCACUGUGCAUGUGAAGCUCAUGGUUUUAAUAAACUAAUCACCACUCCAUCAUUGAAGGAA